CACUAAUUUCAUUUAGCCAUGGCUUAGAUAAUGUGCCAAGAUUAUGACAAGGCAUAUAAAGUUAGUUUUUUUUGCCAUCGUCAAGAUCUCUCCAGGUACAUAUAUAUGUAGAUUCAAAUUCCAUUAUUGACUUUUCUUUCUGGAUGGACAUACAAUGACAAACUUCAACAAAACUCUUCUCUUAAUUCUCAACUUAAUUACAUUAAUUUAUGCCAUGGAUUCUUCUGAUGCUGCAUUCAUUACUCGUUUAGUCGAUGACGUCAAAUCCAAUGUCAAUGAUUACGUACAAUUUUAUCUUACAGCAACCGUCAGUGUUCCUAAACAAUUCACACAAGUUGCAUUACAACUUCAAAGUUAUACCGGUAGUGAUUAUGCUUCCGUUGUUGAAUCUGAUGAUAUUAAUGUAACUUCUCUUGAAUCUUUUGCAACGAACUUACCAUGGUAUAGUUCUAGACUUGCUGUUAAUGACGUUUCAGCAGCCACUACCACAGGAGAUGGAACUUCAGGAAGCGCUACUGCUACACAAACCAGUUCAAGUUCUAAAUCUACAAAUGGAGCUGCCAGUCCAACCAAUGACAUGGCCGGUGGCAUAGCAGCUAUCGCUGCCGUAGCUGCAGCAGCUGCAGCAGUUGCAAUCAUUUAAAUACACAUUCAAUUAAUAAAAAAAACUAAAAAAAAACACAAACAAACCAGGACUAUCAAAUAAUCUCGGAACGUAACUAGCAGUCAAUAGCUUAUUAAACAU